GGGCUGUGCAGAAAGCGCUCUUUCUGCUCCGAGGCCGGCGGCUUGCGUGUUCUCGUAGGGCCGCACCGGGACGGAAGAAAUAGCGGAGGCGGUAGCGGUUGGCCCAGGGUUCGGCUUGUUGCUUUGUUUUUGAAGGGGAAAAAGAAGUCAAAUGAUAAGAAAAAAGCUAAAUCAGGAAUUUAAAAAAAUACAACUUCCAGAAGAUAUCCUGAAGUCAUUGACAAUUCCUACCAAUCUCCUGUAUGUCUUAUAUCUACAAAGUGACUGAAGUAAUUUAGAGAUCAAAUUAAAAUAAAACAACAACCCUAAUUUACAUUUCAAAGGAAUGAAGGAUGGCGGCACGCCGUGCAUUAAAAGCCGUUUUGGUGGAUCUCAGUGGCACACUUCACAUUGAAGAUGCAGCUGUACCAGGCGCACAGGACGCUCUUAAAAGGUUACGUACUGCUGCUGUUGCCAUUAGGUUUGUGACAAAUACAACCAAAGAGAGCAAGGCGGAAUUGUUAGAGAGGCUGAGAAAAAUGAACUUUGAUGUCGCUGAGCACGAGAUAUUCACUUCUCUCACAGCAGCUAGAAACCUAGUGCAGGAGAAGCAAGUUAGGCCCAUGUUGCUGAUUGAUGACCGGGCACUUCCAGACUUUCAAGGAAUACCAGUAAAUGAUCCUAAUGCUGUAGUCAUAGGAUUGGCACCAGAACAUUUUAAUUAUCAAGUUCUAAAUCAAGCAUUCCGGCUAUUACUGAAUGGUGCUCCUCUUAUAGCAAUACACAAAGCCAGAUAUUAUAAGAGGAAAGAUGGCUUAGCCUUGGGACCUGGACCAUUUAUUACUGGCUUGGAGUAUGCUACAGACACCAAAGCCAUAGUUGUUGGGAAGCCAGAGGGAAAAUUUUUCUUGGAAGCUUUGCGUGGCAUUGAUUGUACACCAGAAGAAGUCAUUAUGAUCGGAGAUGACUGCAGAGAUGAUGUUGGUGGAGCUCAGAGUAUUGGCAUGCUAGGUAUCUUGGUGAAGACUGGGAAAUACCGAACAGCAGAUGAAGAGAAAAUUAAUCCAGCUCCUUACUUAACCUGUGAGAGUUUUCCACAUGCGGUGGACCACAUCCUACAACAUUUACUAUAAGAAAGGAGAGCAACAUGAAACAACUUGAAAUGUAACUUUUUAUUUUCCCAGAAUGCAUCUUUAAAAACUCACUGGGCCCGGGAUGCACAGAAACCCUCCUUUGUUGUGCAUUAAUUAGAGGGAAGGGUAUUGAACUUUAGCCAGUUACUAAGCCUUACUAAUCCUAAUCCCUCUAGUUUUAUUUUGUAAACAUGAUAAAACCUAAAGAAACAGAAGCAGAAAUUUUGUGCCAUUCCUUUUAAAAUAUUCAUCAGAUUAGGCAGUCAGUCCUAGGAGAGAAAAUCCACCAUAGGGAUGGUGUUCUGCUUGUCUUUUAACUGUUACUCUGGGAGGGAGUAGUAUUCAGUGUGUGAAUAAAGUUGAAUCGGUUUUUUAAAUUAUAAAACAAUGUGUUAAAAGGUGCAUCAGCCUGUAGUUUUAGUAUUGAUUGCAACUGUGAAAUCCAUCAAAUAUUUUAAGCAAUUGAAACAUGUAGGAAGUAAAAAUGAAUUAUCCCUUAGACCAGGCAAUCAAGUGAAUUUGCUGUAACGAAUGAUGAAAACUAGAUUAUCUGCUAUAUUAUUCCCAUCACGGGUGACUUUUUUUUCUCUUCAUUAGCCAGAAACGACUAAUUUAAAUUUAGAGCCUGAUUUUAAUUUAAAAUAAUAUUACCAUUAAUAACCUAUUCAUUGCAGAUACCUAUUACACUGUGUAACAGUUGUUUUGGAAAUUUUAUGUAAAAUUAAAACUAUCAGUAUUUUACAGAUGUUUUAAUUAGACAUUGUUAUUAACAGGAACAGUGCAGAAACUAAAAUCAAGCCUUUAAUGUCUUAUAGACCAUGCAUUUUUGAAGUUACUGUCCACCAGGGUCCUAUUAACUGUACAUUUGUAAGAUUUCAUUAUUUUUCCCUCUAACACUAUGGGAAAAAUCUUUUAGAAGCUACUGGGACAUAUUCAAGCUUUUAUGUACUUGGUUAGUACAGCUGUAAAAUGAAAUCCUGUCAUUUAGCAUGGAUCAUUCUUCUCAUGUUAAAUCCACCAAAAUGAAGGGGCCUACGCUGGUAAUGAUUUCCCUAGCACAUUUGCAUACUGUGCUAAUCCCGGUCCUUUGCAGUUGUUGUACUGGGCUCUUGGGCAUUAAAUUAUUAGAAUGUAAUUGUACAUCAUCAUAGCAUUCACCUUAUUGAAACUCAUUGGUGUUAAUGAGCUGUGUGUUUUGGUACUUCAGUGCGUGUGGUUUUGGAAAGGCUGUGCUGAAAUGGUCGUUGUCUCUCCUUUUCCACAGGCCACCAAACACUGUUUGAAUAUCACAGACCAGAGAAGCCUGAAUUCAAAAAGCAUAAGAUAGGGACACAGACAGAAAUCAGAGCUGCCUAGAUCUUCCUCCAUGUUUUUGGAACUACCAGUGUGGUUGUUCUGCCCUUUGGACUGAUUUCACUCUGCUUUAAAAGUAGGAAAAACACUGCUCAGAGAGGAAAAAGCUCUGAGCCUCAGUCUGGAUUUCCCAUAGUGUGUGUGUCAUCACCAGGGCUGCCUACAAUUAGUGGGUAGAGAGAGGGAAUCUUGUUCAUAAUCUUUUAAUAUUUAGAAUAUACUUUACAACCAAAAGAGACAAGCAGGGAUUGUGCUUACUCCUAUUAUUAUUUCAGUGGGAGAAAAACCCCCAAAACUUCUCUAAGGGUAAGUCAUUCUGGGUAGGGUUCCUAAUAAUUGCAGCUGGUUUUAGGCACAUUCCAGCACAGGUUCCUAUAAGAUUUGCUGCUUUGGCUGUGAGCCUAUAAGAACCUGAUUCUUACUACCUAGCUUUUUAACCCCAGUUAAAAAGCUCCAUGCUAAGUACUUUAGGGAAUACAGAAAAGUAUCCUGCUCUCUGGGAUGAGUAGGCAAGAGUAACACAAAAUAAUUAAAGCACAUCCUAAGCCAGCAUAAGUGAUGAAUUUUUCAGUAUAGAUAACAAAGAAUUAUGUAUGUUCAGAGAAGGGUGAAAGCAUGGGUUGAGUGGUUAGGAUCUGAAGCACUGAUUAAAUUGUAGCUCUUGUGAGAGGAGGGCUAGGCAUGGCAUGGACAGCUCUCUCUUGGUUUUUGAAGAGCUUAUUCCUAUACUUUUCUGAAAAGAACAUGCUAAAUAUGAGCUGUAACCUGCACGUCCAGCAUGAACGAUGUGCAGAGCAGCUAACUGCCAUUCCUACUGAGGAAAAGGCCAAAUGUGAGAAAAAACAAACUAGAAAAAUAUUUUGGUGAGGAGAUAGAUACCAAAGGACAUUCACAAGGGUGGCCAUCAUUUUUGAAGACUCUUAAAGUUUGAAUAAACUGGUAUAUUGACACUUCCCCAUAGCCAUUCCCUUUAGAAAGGGAUUCAGUACUUGGUCAGUCUUAGGGCCUGUCCAGUGAUAGAGACCAUGGGUUCUGGUGGUUAUCAGUUUUUGUAUAAUCUUACAAGGGCCAGGAAGUAGGAGCAACUAGGUGGCAAUUUCAUGAGAUUAUGAACUUGACAGAAAUUGUACUUUCAUGUUUUUCUUCUGAGACCGGGGAGUGCUUGAGAUGUUUGUGUUGGUUUUUCUGUAGGGCUGAGUCUUUGCUACCUGGGUCUUUAAUGUGCCCAGAGCAGAUGGGUGCUGAGAAAUUUAAGAAUUGAUAGGCAGUUUGGCAUCAUUUAGGUAUCAUUAAAAGCAAUGAUUCUCAAAUCCCCAAGUUGCUGUGCUGUUCCCACUUUACUUUGAGCGUAUAUGGCCAUAUACAUAUAAGCUUAUAUGCAUCUCUAAUCAAAAUAAACCUCACAGCUUGUUUGUAUAGGCUACUCACAGACAGACCAACCGACAGACAGACAGACACACACACACACACACACACACACACACACACACGACUUCAUUCUCCCUGUAAAAAGCUAGAGGAAAAGUAGGAUAAGUAGUAGGUUUAAGAAGGCUGGUUCACUUUAUUUAUUCAGAUUAUAGUUCUACCAAGCAUGUGUUACGAGCUUUUAAAUUCCUUUGGAACUCUUCUUGUGCAGCCCCCUAGGGAUUUUUUACUGUUCCUUCCUCUCAGAGAGACUGAAGGUUGGUCUAGAUGCUUAAGGAAGCAUAUUUUCUUUUCCUUCUUUGACUCUUUUUCUUUGAACAUGACUAAUGAAGGGAUUUUUUUUGCAUGAUUAUACCUAUUGGCAAUGGGCUUUGUUUUUCUUGCCUUCUCAGUGCUGGGGGAGCAGGGGAGAUAAUUUUGAACCGAAAAUAAAAUAAAUAAAAAUGUAUGAACGAUAACUUUAA